GAACUCGAAAAUCAAAGUGUCGUCAAAAUCCCUAAAAAGGCCAGCUUUUUAGCUUUAGUUGCACGCUUGCGGCCGUUGUCUCCCUCUCCCUCCCUCUCCCUCUCUCCCUCUGUCUGCUCCCUCUUUUCCACUUCCCUCGACAACGGAGCUCUCUCCACCAAGCUUAAGGUUAAGGUAACCCUCCCCCACCCUCAAACUGUCUCCUUCACUCUGGCCCCGUUUCUUGUUUCUUCAUUGCUUGAUUGAUCAGUAGCCUUGAUUGCCAAGGUUGAUAUUUUUUUUCUCUGAAUCUUGAUGGAUUCUCGAGAAACGAUGACUGUACCGGCGAAAUUUGAAGUUCUUAUUUGCUCGGAUGAGGUCAAGAGCUACUGUGGUAGCUUAGGGUCGUCUGUCAUUGCUAAAGAUCUACUUAUCUCGAGAACCCCUGCAAUCGGUGAAGAGAGGGCCUCUUUGGUGCCAGGCACUCUUGAUGUCAAUGGGGAGUGUAGAGACCCCCUCCUUGAUCUCAAGUCCACAAUACUUACACGGCCCAUCAAAUUAGACCAGCUGGAUUCUGCUAGGGACAUCAGCGGUGAGGAUGACAGCCCGCACACGCCCAAGGAAGAUGUUUUCGACCCGUUUGCCCCUGGUUCAGAGGACCUGCUCCGUGCCCCUCAGUGCAAGAAACGGCUUGAUGAAUGGAGAAUCAGUGUGGCCCGCCGCCUCAACUUUGGCUCCUCGACUGAGAAACCGGGUAAGAGACCCCAUGGUGGAAACGGGACCCAUAUGUCGGAUGAGGAGAUGGUGGAGCAUGUGUACAAGAAUCUCUUGGAAACCAUCUUGGAGAACAGGAUUGCAGACAUUCUUGCAGAGAUGUCGAGCAUGGAAUGGGCUGAUGAAGACUGCAAGACUCCCACUUCAGGACCCAAGCUUAAUGGUAUUGCUGAGACUUGCCCGGGGCCUCCCAUGAAGGCUGCAGCCAAGUCCAGGAAUAUAGAUCUGAGCUUAUGCAGAAAGCUUCAGUUCUGAUUCUCUAAUGUUGUGGACCUGCAUCUCUAACCAACGGUAUGAUUAGUAUGGUUCUGACUCGAAAACAAUUGGUGCCUUCGUAUGGUCUUUUGAUUUAUCAAGGAAAUGUGAUCUAGCUGAUGAUAAUAAUCUGUCCUGCUGAGGUUGCAGUAGUAGAAUUGUAUAUUUGUACAGUUGACUCUCGGAUUUUCUGCUAUUUGAGUUAGAACUAGCUGUUUAUUUUUCUCGUCAUUCUCCAACUGUGUAUCAAUCAUCUUCCAAUUGUAAUCCUUUUUCGCGAUAUUGUGCCCACUUUACUCGAA